AUGGAUCGACGCAGCUGGCCUUGGAAGAAGAAAUCAUCUGAUAAAUCAUCAAAUGCAGAUGCGUUGCAGAAUUCUAAUCAUGCAGAACAGGAAGAUAAAGCUCCAAAAUUUAUGCAAAUUUCACCUGAAACAUAUGCACAUCUUACUGAGUCGGAGGAAAAAGUAAAAGUUUUAGAAGAAAAUGUGAUGGUCUUGAAUGAAAAACUCUCUGCGGCACAAUCUGAGAUCACAACUAAAGAUGCUCUUGUGAAGCAGCAUGCAAAAGUUGCUGAAGAAGCUGUAUCAGGUUGGGAGAAAGCUGAAGCAGAGGCCUCCGCACUGAAGCUUCAGUUAGAAACUGUUACAUUGUCUAAGCUAGCAGCUGAAGAAAGAGGUGCACAUCUGGAUGGUGCAUUGAAAGAAUGCAUGAAGCAAGUAAGGACUGUUAAGGAAGAAGGUGAGCAGAAGCUACAUGAUGUAGUCUUUGCAAAAACCAAACAGUGGGAGAAGAUAAAGGCCAAGUUCGAAGCAAAAUUACUUGAAUUUGAACAGGAACUCAUAAGGGCUGGUGCUGAGAAUGAUGCACUCACAAGAUCACUUCAAGAGCGGGCAGAACUGUUGAUGAAAAUUGAUGAGGAAAAAGCUCAAGCUGAAGCCGAGAUUGAAGUCUUAAAAAGCACAAUCCAAUCAGGUGAAAGGGAGAUAAAUUCACUAAAAUAUGAAUUGCAUGUUGUCUCCAAAGAGCUUGAAAUCCGCAAUGAAGAAAAGAACAUGAGUGUGCGCUCAGCUGAUGUAGCAACUAAACAGCACCAGGAAGAUGUCAAGAAAAUAUCAAAACUUGAAGCUGAAUGCCAGAGAUUGCGCGCCCUUGUUCGAAAGAAGUUACCUGGCCCUGCUGCACUAGCUCAGAUGAAAAUGGAGGUGGAGAGCUUGGGUAGAGAGUAUGGAGACCACAGAGUACGACGAUCCCCUGCAAAGAAUUCUAGUUUCCAUCGGCCUAUGUCUCCUAUGUCUCCUGUUCCUGAUUAUGCAAUUGAGAACAUACAACACAUGCAGAGAGAGAAUGAGUUUCUGACUGCUCGUUUUUUAACAAUGGAAGAAGAAACCAAGAUGUUUAAAGAGGCAUUGACAAAGAGAAACAGUGAGCUGCAAUCUUCAAGAAGCAUGUAUGCUAAGACAGCAGGAAAGCUCCGAAGCUUGGAAGUUCAAAUGUUGACUGGAAACCAGCAUAAGAGUCCAUCAACUCCAAACUUGGAUAUUCACUUUGAUGGUGCAUUGAGCCAAAAUGGAAGCAACCCACCUAGCAUGACUUCCAUGUCUGAAGAUGGGGUAGAUGAUGAAGGAAGUUGUACAGAAUCUUGGGCCAACGCUCUGGUAUCUGAGCUCUCUCAAUUCAAAAAAGAGAAGGCGGCCAAGAGCAGCGCGACAGAAAGCUCCAAUAGGUUGGAGCUCAUGGAUGACUUCUUAGAGAUGGAGAGAUUAGCAUGUCUGUCUUCUGAAGUUAAUGGCAAUGGCAGUACUACUGACAAAAUGAAGAUAGACGAUGUUGGGGCUACUUUGCCUGGCUUUACUGAAAGAGAUGGUGUUAAAGAUUUGCAGUCAGCUUCACCAAUGUCAGAAACUCCAUCUAAUAAACAGCGUCUGUCUGAGAAAUCUUCGCUUUCGAAAUUCCAGUCAAGAAUAUCUUCCUUACUGGAUUCUGAAUCACCAGAGAAUAAUGCUGGAAAGGUACUUGAUAGUAUCAGAAACAUUCUAAAGGAUAUUGAAGAUGAGGCAGAUUCGGUGAAUGCAAAUGGGACUUCAAGUUCACAGAGCAAAUGUGCCAUGGAUCAAGAACUUAAGAAUGCCAUAUUGAAGAUUCAGGACUUUGUCAAGUUACUUGAUCAAGAAGUCUCCAAGUUUCAAGGCCAGUCAUCUGAUUAUGAUGGGCUAUGUGAGAAAACACUACAGUUCUCUGCAUUAGUUGACAGAGUUCUGUCAAACGAUGAUGUCCUAAAUGAUAUUGUCAUGGCACUGUCUGUUAUCUUGUCAGAAACUAGCCAGAUUAAGUUCACAUUGUUGAGAGACAAUAGCAAUGAAGCAGAAACUAAUAACUUAGAUUGUGUUGAUAAAGUGACUCUACUUGAAAAUAAGGUGGUGCAGCCUGAGCCAGUAAAAGACAAUGUUUCUAGUCUCUGCCCACUAUUGCCUCAUUCAUCUUCAGAUCCUGAGUUUGAGGGGCCUGCUGAUGCUGGAUUUGAUGUUAAGACUGCAGUGAAGGUCUGCUUGCCAGAGGAAUAUGAACAACUUAAAUCUGAGAAGAUAAUUUUGGAGGGAGAACUAGCGAAGUGCAACGAAAUAAUAGAAGAAACAAAGGUUAGAUUAAGUGAUAUGGAGAAAAACCUGGAAGACCUCACAUCUAAGUUGGCUGACAGUGAGAAAUCAAAUAGCUUGAGUGAGACACAGUUGAAGUGUAUGGCUGAAUCUUACAAGUCACUUGAAUCAAGGAAAAUUGAAUUAGAAAAUGAGAUAGAAGUGUUACAGUCCAAAAUAGAUGCUUUAACAGCUGAACUCUCUGAUGAAAGACAAAGUCAUCAGGAAGACUUAGUUAAAUACAGAGAUCUCGAGGAGAAGAUGGAAAGGUAUGAGAUGGAGAGGAGUUCAAUGCUUGUGGACGAGGACCCAGACACCAAGUCAAAGCAGGAGAAAGAGAUAGCGGCUGCAGCAGAGAAGCUGGCAGAGUGCCAGGAAACUAUAUUGAUUCUUGGCCGUCAGCUGCAAGCUAUGCGUCCUCCAGCCGAGUCACUAGGCUCUUCACCUAAUGGGCAACGCAUGGAGGACUUUCUGCAGGAUGCUGUAGGAACAACCGCAGGAGAAUAUUCCCAGAAGCCUUCGGGCCAACCUGAUACAGACCAGGAUAUGCUUAGGACAAGAAGUGUGUCUCCGGUCAAUGGAUACAAGACACACAUGAUCCCUUCUGAUGCGGACGGAAGCCCUUUCGUUUCUCCUAACAGCUCCAAGCGCCCGAAGCAUCGAUCGAGGUCCUCUUCGUCUUCCUCAUUCACCAACCACCCGUUGCCAGACAAACAGAGCCGAGGAUUCAGUCGGUUCUUCGCAAAGACCAAAGAGUGA